CACUAGGUAACUGUUGAAUUGCUGCUGCCUAAGACUGCGAAAUCAUAUAGGAUCUGAAACCUCGCAGCUCUCCAGCUGUUUCUUCUGUUCAAGUACUUGUAUUCUCAUACUCGGUGACACUGUAAGUUUCUGUUUUUUAUCUCUUGAGCCACAACCACAGAUCAUGGACGACCUCUUUCAGCGAGCAUGUAGCCAUGGCCAGCAACCCUCUCAGGAAAGCGCUGAUUCCGCAACGCCGCAAUCAAUUUCCCUCCUUCAUGGCUCUGAUGAAGAGAGUUCGCCAUCAGAAGGGCUGGUUUUCGAUAUGCUCCCUUUGACCAACGGCUUGAACGUGGACGACCAGCUCGACUCAACCUUCUUCACCAAACUCCCAUUGGAAGUCAGGUGCCAUAUAUACUCGUACGUAUUGCCGGCUGAGCGGAGAUUGUGGGUGAGGGCAGCGAAGAGGAGUUCGACGGCCCACCAGGGACACAGUGGGGCACCAGGAAGAGCAGGACAUAGUGGCGACGAGCCAGAGCCACAGCGGUAUCUUCAGCAUUUCCCCACCGCAACGGUAGCCCUGGACACGACAUACCCGGCCCGACUAGGGAGUUGCUGCUCCGACACCGGUAAUUCAUUCUGGAAGUGUGUGUCUCUGGGCAGGUUUCCAGUCCAUCAUGAUUCGCUGUCAUUGAUGCGCACGUGCAAGCAAGUGUACGUGUAUAAUAUACAUCUUACAUCCAUCUUUCUUUUCCCUCAUAUUUUUCUUAAUUUCCCCCCUCUCUUUUCUCUUCUCCCACUCCCUGACCCAUGACCCUCGAGCUGAUGAGGUACCAAGAUAUCUUGAACUCUGUCCCCUCUGGACUUUCAGCUUUGAUCGGCUCGACCACCUGGCGGAAUUUGUUUCUCUUGCUUGCAAUCCCACCUCGCUGCCCGUCCGAUCAGUACAGCUGAUGACAUACGUGCCGUCACGGCUAUAUUCCACCGAACCCGAACACGUCGACGAGUCGUCGGAGGUUAUAAAAUCUCGUGCGUGGUUACCG